CUUCCUGGUCUCACCUGCAGCCCCUCCAGUCUGGCUCAGGCCACGCCCACUACMUUUGGCGACCUGCGGCUGGCCAAUGGGCAUUCAGCUCAGCGCCGGCGCGUCAACUCGGGCCCGCCUCCCUCUGGGCUGCAGGACUGGCUUCUCACCUUCCAGACGUGGAGCGGCCCGGAGAGGCUGCUGGCUCUGGACGAGCUGAUCGAUCGGUGCGAGACCAGCCAGGUGAAGCACAUGAUGCAGGUGAUCGAGCCUCAGUUCCAGAGAGACUUCAUAUCUCUGCUCCCCAAAGAGCUCGCGCUGUACGUCCUCACCUUCCUGGCCCCGAGGGAUCUGCUGCAGGCGGCGCAGACCUGCAGGUACUGGAGGAUCCUGGCCGAGGACAACCUGCUGUGGCGGGAGAAAUGCCGUGAGGAAGGUAAGCACUGUUUAUCCAGCUGUUGGCGCCACGUGUUGGUGAAUCUGUCGCUUCCGGAUGUGAUCGAUCGAUCGAUCGGAUCUGUAAAGCUAACCGUGAUUCGUCUUUCUGCGUCGCCUCAGUGUCUGCGCACGCUGACGGGCCACAGCGGCGGCGUGUGGUGCAGUCAGAUGGCCGGCGCCACGGUGAUCAGCGGCUCCACCGACCGGACGCUGCGGGUCUGGGACGCCGAGAGCGGCGAGUGCGUCCACGCCCUGUACGGCCACACGUCCACGGUGCGCUGCAUGCACCUGCACGGCGAGAGGUAGCGCACUCACUCACUCACUCACUCACUCACUCACUCACUGGGGGGUAGUGAGGAAGUAAACGUGUCGUCUCCAUAGCAACCACAAAGACCCUGGAAAAGCGCACGCACCAACACGCAUCUGUGUGUGGCUGGUUCCCGUCUCCAUGGCAACCUGCUGAUGCAGGGUGUUUUAUUGUUGUCGUAGCAUCGUUUAUCACGGUCAUGCAUGAAUGGAAGCGCUGAAGGCCAGCGGAGCGAGGAGCAAACAAACACUAAGUCAUUAAUAAUUCAUUAGAAAAAUGUAAAUUAUGGAGGGAGGAGAAGGACGACAUUUAGAGCAGAUUCAGAUCAGGGCGUCAAACUCUGGGCUGAUUUAGUGACUCWGGCUGCAGUCAGUUGUUAGUUUAUUCUGUCGAUUAAUCGAUUUAUUCGAUUAAUCRUUUAYUCUGAUGAAUAAUUGAAUAGACAGAGAAAAUCAGAACA